GUCGCCCGCAGAAGCAGCCGCCACCAGACCAGCACGAUGCUGCCUGCCACGUUCAAGCUGUGCGCCGGAAUCUCCUACCGGCAUCUGCGCAACAUGACAGGCUUGAGACGACAGGCUGCAGUUGCCUUCAGCCAGGGGCUGGACAAACUCACCUUUGCUGGCCCUGGGCCCAGUAAAUGGAUCAGCCAAGUCCGUAGGAGAAGCUCCUUGCUCAGCUCCUUGCUGGAGGAGAAGCCCUUCAGCGAAGUGGAGAUGACCUAUAUCAAGCAGGGAGAGGAAGCCCUUCAGAAAUCCCUGCGCAUCCUUGGGGAGCAGGACGGCUGGAAAACGGAGACCACGGCGGAGAACGGGGACAAAGUGCUGAGCAAGGUGCUCCCCGACGUCGGGAAGGUGUUCCGGCUCGAGGUGGUUGUGGAGCAGCCCUUGAACUCUGUGUAUCAGGAGUUGGUGGAGAGAAUGGAGCAGAUGGGAGACUGGAAUCCGAGCAUCAAGGAAAUCAAGAUUCUCCAAAAGAUCGGGAAAGAUACCGUGAUCACCCACGAGACGGCUGCUGCCACGCCUGGCAACGUGGUGGGGCCCCGGGACUUCGUCAGCGUCCGCUGUUCUAGGAGACGCGGCUCUACGUGCGUCCUGGCGGGGAUGGCCACACACUAUGGCGCAAUGCCAGAGCAGAAGGGAUUUAUAAGAGCUGAGAACGGGCCCACAUGCAUGGUGCUCCGUCCACUAGCUGGCGAUCCUUCCCAGACCCAAUUAACGUGGCUACUCAGCAUUGACCUGAAGGGCUGGCUGCCGAAGACGAUAAUCAACCAAGUCCUCUCCCAGACCCAGGUGGACUUUGCCAACCACCUACGCAAGCGCUUGGCUACCACAGCCACCCCAACUGCUGUCAGCUGCUGCCGGCUGGACACUGCCACGCCCCUCAGAAGCAUUAACCCCUAGCAGCUUUUGCAGCUUGAGGGAUUGCCAGAAACCCACCUGACAUUUAGAUUUGUCCUCAGAGGUGAUGAGCUCCUGUAAUGUGUUAUUUGAAACUUGCAUGUGGGUUUUUUGGUAAAGAAAUGGACAGAUAGUAUAUAAGGGAGGCUGCUGUUGACUAGGCUCAGACUUUUAAUGCUACAUGAAGUUCAAUAAUGGGCACUUAGGUCUCCAUCCCGUCAGGAGGGGGCUCCCUUCUUAUUUGAACAGAUCAGAUCUGCUGCUGCAGGCAACCCUUGAAAGGCCCACAGAAGAAGCUGUUUAAGUGACAUCCAGAGCGGUCGCCUUGUCAGAUUAGGCAUAGUAGGGUCCAGUACUGGUGGUUCUAAGCUUUUCUAUAGCGUGAUAAUUUCAGUGAAACUACUUCUGAUUGAACAGGAGACUUGAGUUUAAGACACACUCAAGCUCCAGCUUAACCCGCAACCUGUGCCCCUCUGGUUCCAUGACAGGGUUAGAACGUAGAUCAAGGCAUUUUGCAAUAUCCCAACACCCAUCCCUGAGCAGAGCUGAUUAUUGAACUGUUAGUGCCAAGGGAGCCAGACGCGCUGGCUUUCCAUUCCAUUUAUAUUACACCCUUUGCUAACAGAGCAGCCAACUAACCAACCAGUUCUGGCUGUGGGGUAUGACUGACCCGGAUUUGAGGCAGGAACUCUGGUACCUGACUGGCUCAGAUUUAGUGUGUACUUACUCUCCCUCUUCAGAGUAUCUGUAUCUGGUCUUGGUUUCUAAAUAGGCUGCAUAGUGUCUGCCUUGACAUUUUCUACACUUAGCAUGUUAGCACCGUGCACUGUUGUAAGCUUACACGUUAACUAAGAAUCCCACAGACCAGCGUUCGUUUUGCACUCGGUGGAAUGCAGCUGUAGGAAGUUAUUUAUAAAGCCAGGUUGCGAGUAUUUAUUUUUCUUGUAUAGACAUGCACAACGACUAUUUAAUAUUUAUUCUGUGACCAUGGAGCUCUAAGCAAAUUUACUUUUAGGGAGAAAUCUACGUAGCCCGUAGGGAGAUCUACAGUGCUUGUCUUACCUUGUAGUGUAAGAGGGACUUUCCCAGAACCAACAAUCUGGAGGUGGGUGACGGAAGGGAUCACGUGAGGAUUCCCUGUUGUGUUCCUUCCCACUGUGGGCAGACAGGACACUGGGCUGGGUGGACCUGUGAUCUGACCCAGUCUGGCCGUUCUUAUGUUCUAACAAUCCCUGUGCCCUGCAGAGCUGAAACUGGAGUGCUGCUAUGAACGCUCAAGUAUUUGCAGUGUGUCUCUGCAGUAGCCUAACGUACUUAGUUUACAAUACUCCCAUUUGAGUUUGAUGUAGUGUGUAUAGAGGCUUUUUAAAAUAAACUGUAAAAAGAUUCAAGUUCUUGCCUGGCUCUUUAUCCUGACCACGUAGGAUGCAAAUGUAUGAAAUCCUGGCUCAGAACACUCCUUGCUGGAAGGUUUGUGUGUGUGACAAUUCGGGUGCUGUGACAGCUGCUGUGUGCCACCCUGAUUAGAUGCACAUUCCUCCAGGAUAAGGUAGCGUUUGCAGGCACUGGACAACAACCUUAUCUAACACUGCUGAGGCUGUACACCACGAUACGCUUGCCAGCCUCUGGAAUUUAAU